AUGGGCAGAGAUGGGCAAGUGAGAAUUGGUCAUAAAUGUAUGGCCUGCAUGAGGCAGAAGGGCAUCGACAGUGUAAAUAAGGGGCAGCAACACGAGAGUGGACAGAAGCCAGUCUUCUGCGCUCAGGCCACUCAGCCUCCGGUGGAGCCGCUGUUUUCACCGAAACAUGCUCUACUUGUGCCAACGCCAACGCCAACACCUCAGACUCCUUUAGCCGCAUGA